AUGGCUGCACUGAGUUGUCUUUUGGACAGUGUUAGAAGGGACAUAAAGAAGGUGGACAGAGAACUGAGGCAAUUGAGAUGCAUCGACGAGCUCAGCACGCGAUGCCUGUGCGACUUAUACAUGCACCCGUACUGCUGCUGUGACCUGCACCCCUACCCAUACUGCCUGUGCUACUCCAAGCGCUCCCGCUCCUGCGGCCUGUGCGACCUCUACCCCUGUUGCCUGUGUGAUGUCAAGCUCUACUGUCUUCGACCAUCGCUCAGAAGUUUGGAGAGGAAAGCCAUCCGAGCCAUAGAAGAUGAAAAGAGAGAGCUCGCCAAACUGAGAAGAACAACAAACAGAAUUCUGGCCUCCUCUUGCUGUAGCAGUAACGUUUUAGGAUCGGUGAACGUGUGCGGCUUUGAACCGGAUCAAGUGAAAGUUCGAGUGAAGGACGGAAAGGUGUGUGUGUCGGCCGAGCGGGAGAAUAGGUAUGACUGCCUCGGAUCGAAAAAGUACAGCUACAUGAACAUCUGCAAAGAGUUCAGCUUGCCCCCGUGCGUGGACGAGAAGGACGUAACCUACUCCUACGGGCUCGGCAGCUGCGUCAAGAUCGAGUCUCCCUGCUACCCCUGCACUUCUCCCUGCAACCCCUGCAGCCCCUGCAGCCCCUGCAGCCCCUGCAGCCCCUGCAACCCAUGUGACCCUUGCAGCCCAUGCUACCCGUGCGGGAGCCGAUUUUCCUGUAGGAAGAUGAUUUUGUAA